GAGCAGCGAGUUCUGCCCCAUAUUCAGCAACAGACCUUUCGACAUAACUUCCUUUCUUGGGACACAACGCCAGGCGCGAACAUCGUACCACAUUAAAUAAGACACAACCGAGACACGACCUCAAGACGGCAUGUCUCCCACCGUGACUGUGAUGACGGCACCCGUCACAUUUGCCCCUACUUCGGAAACCAUGGAUCGCCGUGACUACGGUAUUACCAAGACCAAGAAGACAACAUCUACUGGUGGUGGACGGGCAUGGAGCGAGGAGGAGGAAGCGUAUCUCAUCCAAACUCGCAUGCAAAAGAUGCCCUACAAGCACAUCGCUGCCCACUUGAAGAAGACCGAGCUUGCCUGCCGCUUGCACUUCCAUCAGCUCAGCCAUGGCAGCAACCGCCGGAAGCGCACAACAUCACUCUCGUCUCAUGGCUCUAACCGGUCACCUCCCAUGCGUGGUGCGGUUCCAUCACCGGCCCGCGAGCUUGAUGCUGCCCCCAGCCGCUCGGUAUCGCCUGCAGGAUCAACAUACUCCUACAGUUCCACCAGCCCGAAUGCCAUUCAGCUUCCCAGCAUCAUGUCCGCGACUAGCUCAGCCACCACAUCACCUCGUCUGCCAGCUAUUCUACCCAAGCCAGCCGCAAUGAGCCUGGGCUUGCCCGCGAUCUCUGGUUCUGCUAGCAGGUCUACAUCUCCCGCACCAUCACACACUUAUACGUCAUCCCUACAUCCUCACAGUGCCACCUCUGGGUACCGUUCCACACCGACCAGUUCUCAUGGAUCGCUUCGUCUGGAUUGCUCUGCCUUGCCACCGCCGCCUACUUUGGCAGCUACCCCGGUGCCCUUUUCUUCCAGCCAGCCGGUCGAUAUGAGCCGACUCUCUGCAGUCUACAACGCACACCGGGCAUCCUUCUGGGCCUCAGUAGCUGCUGACUAUGGCAACGGAGUCAGCCCCACGGUAUUGGAGCAGGCGUGGCGUGGAGGAAACACGCAGACACCCAUCACUCCUGUUGGAAGUCCCAAUGACCAAGUCUAUGCACUCCCUCAAAUCAAGCCUGACAAGACUAGGAUAAGUGCCAUUCUAGGCAUCGAUGCUAACCCCAGGAGUCCGAGGGAGCGGGAGAUGGUGAGGAGGUUGGAGGAGGAGAGGUGUUCUCUUGGCAUGGUUGGCGCAUGAUAUCUCAUGUAGAUAAUCUUUCUUGGGCUUCUGCCCCGGACAAGAUAUCGAACUCUUCUUUCCUGGUCUUGUAAAAAUGAUGUUCUCUUUUCUGGUUUCAGUGGUUAUGAUUAGGAUGUAUGGUGGGCCUUUGUUCUUUUCUCUACUGUCGUUUCUUUUCACAGCAUCUUGCCGAUGAAGACGGGUGGUUGGAUCUGUACGAACGGGAUACGAUGUAAGGGAGUUUGGGUUAUAGCACCUAAGGGACGGGUAUGAAGGAUGACACUUGAAGAUGUUAUGGCACUUGUACGAAAGGAAACUCAUAUGACUGCUCAAUCCAGCUUUUCACGCUGAGGGCACAGUUUACGAUGGGCAUAUAUCAGGUAUGGAUGGGAUAUGGGUUGGCGUAUGUUGGCAAAGCUGGGAAGGCGGAAAGGCGGUUGUGCAUACUGCGUAGCAAAACGAAAGCAAAAGCGAAGACAUUUUCAUCACCAACACCCGUUUCA